UAGUCUAUUCUGUUUAUUCUCUUCAGCUUCAUUUGUAGAAUUCCCAAUGCUGAAACGCUUCUUUUAGCAAUCACGGUAAACAGGAAAAUACAUGAACAGUUUUAAUGUUAUGAGAUACAGGAAAUGUUGAUUAAUAUAUAUAUAUAUAUUACCUAAUAUAUUGUUCUAACAAACAAUGCUGGUCACUCGUGAUUCCUUCUCAUUUCAGUUUCUCCAGAAACUUUCCAUUUAACCUCAGCAAAAUACACAUCGUUUUGCUAUCUGGCCUCACCACCCAGACCAGUCAGGUCACAUCACUGAACUGCAGGUAACAUCUACAAGGCAGAGAAUUACGUUAGAUAAAUCCGUGUCUAUUCCCUCAUUAGUUACUUUCAACUUUCCAUUUGGUACAAGCCACUCAUAUAGCCUUUCCCUGAAAUGUGUUUAAAUCAGACGCAUCUGUAAUUUUCAAGUAAUUGGAACUUCCCAAACAGAACGGCUUGAGCUUUCUCCAGGAAACCCCCAAAACGCCGUGGCAAUCGCCAGUUCUUGGAGCGGCCGCUCCCGACAACGCAGAGGUGGCGCUCUCCUUCCCCAGUCAGUGCACUCAGUCAGCGCAUUCAAGACGGGACACCCUGUAGACUCCACUCCGCGAUACUCCUAAAGAUCGCCGCCUCGGUACGAGGCCGGAGGAGGGGCGUAAACUCCCAGAAACACCCGCGUGACGUCGCACGGGUUCAAGCAGGGGCGGGCGCAGCCGCCUCCUAUCUCGGCAGGCUGCCCUGGGGCCCUCCCCCGCGGCCGGAAAACGCGGCCAGCCCUGAGGGGCUGGCUUUCCUGGGGACUUUCGGCAAACUAGUGAGCGAAGGAGAAAAAAAGCCAGCCGCCUUCUCUUCCCAGUCCCGGUGCGUGCCUGCGUCCCUGCCGGGAGUUUCGAUAAUCUGAAGGCAAUCUUGGAAUCCUUGAGUAAGAGGAAUCUCCCGUAAACCGCAGCGCUGGGUCGUAGAGCCCACUUCCGGUCUGGAGCGGCGCGCUGACCGAACGCUUUUGGCCCGUAGGGAUGCACAGAAAUGUAUUAUGUUCUUCAGACCUUUGAGCCCAGAAAGCGACUUGAGAGGCAAGAUGUACAUUUCUGAGAUCUUAGAGUGUACCAUCUUGCAGUGAAUAACGGUUCAUUGCCCGAAGACUUGCCAACAAAAAGUGCUGGACAUGCAGGAUAGGUAUUUCAGCUGUCCAAAGACAACUUCAUACCUAUAUAAUGUAACAGGAAAAGUCAGAAAACAUUAGGCAAAUACAAGUGUCAAGUGUAUUAAAGCAAGAUGAACGUCUCUGGAAGCAGUUGUGGAAGCCCUAGUUCUGCAGAUAUAUCUAAUGAUUUUAAGGAUCUUUGGACAAAACUAAAAGAGUAUCAUGAUAAAGAAGUACAAGGUUUACAAAUGAAAGUAACCAAACUGAAAAAGGAACGUAUUUUAGAUGCACAGAGGCUUGAAGAAUUCUACAGCAGAAAUCAACAGUUGAGAGAGCAACAGAAAGUUCUUCACGAAACCAUUAAAGUUUUAGAAGAUCGAUUAAGAGCAGGAUUAUGUGAUCGCUGUGCAGUAACUGAAGAACAUAUGCGAAAAAAACAGCAAGAAUUUGAAAAUAUCCGGCAACAGAAUCUUAAACUUAUCACAGAACUUAUGAAUGAAAAGAACACUCUACAGGAAGAAAAUAAAAAGCUUUCUGAACAGCUGCAGCAGAAAAUCGAGAAUGAUCAACAGCAUCAAGCAGCUGAACUUGAAUCUGAGGAAAAUGUUAUUCCAGAUUCACCAAUAACAGCCUUUUCGUUUUCUGGCAUUAAUCGACUACGAAGAAAGGAGAACCUCCAUGUCCGAUACAAAGAACACACACAUCCUAAACCAGAGCAGUCUGGGUGUACAAAUGAAUUGAGAAAAGUUCCAAAAUCUUCAACUCAUCCACAGCAUAAGCCUAAUAAAAAUGAGAUUCUAGUGGCUGACACUUGUGAUCAGAGUCAAUCUCCAGUAGUGAAUACAUGUGGAACAAGCAGUUACCCCUCUGAUAAGUUGCCUUUUAAUUUAGCUGCAAUUGUUGCUGAGACACUUGGACUUAGUGUUCCAGAAGAAUCUGAAUCUCAAGGUUCCGAGAGCCCUCUUGGUGAUGAGCUCUACCACUGUCUAGAAGGAGAUCACAAGAAACACACUUUAGAGGAGUCUACAAGAAAAACUGAAGAUAGUUUAAGAUUUUCAGAUUCCAAUUCAAAGACUCCUUCUCAAGAAGAACUAACUACUCGGAUAUCAUCUCCUGUAUUUGGAGCUACCUCUAAUGUGAAAAGUAGUUAUGGCUUGAAUACAAGUUUGUCCCCUUCUCUUUUAGAGACUGGGAAAAAAAAUCAUCUGAAAACAACACAUUUAAGCAGCACCUCUAAUUCUAGAUCAGAGAAAACUAGAUCAAAAUCUGAAGAUAGUUCCCUUUUCGCACAUCAUAAUCUUGGGUCUGACAUGAACAAGAUCAUUAACCAGUCUUCUAAUAAACAAAUGCUUAUAAAUAAAAAUAUAAGUGAACCCAUAAGUGCACAGGACAGUAUUGAUCACAUCAAAAAUACUAUUUUUGAUAAAGAUAAACAUGGGGUACCACUGAAACCAUUGGGAUGCAAAACAUCCAAAAGGAAGAAGACUGAGGAGGAAAGUGAAGAUGAAGUAAGCUGCCCCCAAGCCUCUUUUGAUAAAGAAAAUGCUUUUCCUUUUCCACUGGAUAGUCAUUUUUCUGUGAAUGGAGACUAUGUGAUGGAUAAACCUCUGGAUCUGUCUGAUCGCUUUUCAGCUGUUCAGUGUCAAGAGAAAAGCCAAGGAAGUGAGACCUCUAAAAUCAGGUUUAGGCAAGUGACUCUCUGUGAGGCUUUGAAGCCCAUUCCAAAGAGCUCUUCCUCAAGCAGAAAGGCCUUGAGCGGGAGCUGUGUGCAAACCAAAGAUUCCUCAGAGGAGCUCUGUUUACAGGAGUGCAUCCUCCAGCCCCUGAGUAAAUCUUCCCCAGAUAACAAAAUACCAUUACAAAUAAAGGAGGAAAGGCCUACCUUUAAAAUCCCUCUACAUCCACGUGAAACUUUGGAGACAGAGAAUCUUUUUGAUGACAUGAAGGGUGCUGGUUCUCAUGAGCCAAUAAGAAUAAAAACCAGGUCAGUUCCUGGAGCCUGUGAACUUGCAUCAGUUCUUCAGUUAAAUCCAUGUAGAAUCGCUAGAACAAAGCCUCUACAAAACAACCAAGAUGUACCCUUUGAAAAUAUCCAGUGGACUAUAGAUCCAGGAGCAGACCUUUCUCAGUGUAAAAUGGAUAUUACUGUAAUAGAUACAAAGGAUGGCAGUCAGUCAAGAUUAGCAGGAGGAGAGACAGUGGACAUGGACUCUACAUUGGUUAGUGAAACUGUGCUUUUAAAAAUGAAGAAGCAAGAGCAGAAGGGAGAAAAAAGUCCAAAUGGAGAAAGAAAAAUGAAUGAUAGUUUGGAAGAUAUGUUUGAUCGGACAACACAUGAAGAAUACGAGUCCUGUUUGGCAGAUAGCUAUCCCCAAGUAGCAGAGGAAGAGGAGGAAUUUUCAGCUGCCACAAAGAAACCAAACACUCAUGGUGAUGCACAAGAUAAAGUCAUACAGAAAGCAUUUGUGGAGCCAUAUUUUAAAAAUAAUGGAAGAGAGACUGGCUUACAAAAUUUUCCUCAUAUUGAGGUGGUUCGGAAAAAAGAAGAGAGAAGAAAAUUGCUUGGACACACAUGUAAGGAAUGUGAAAUUUAUUAUGCAGACAUUCCAGUAGAAGAAAGAGAAAAGAAGUUGGCUUCCUGUUCAAGACACCGAUUCCGCUACAUUCCACCCAACACACCAGAGAACUUCUGGGAAGUUGGUUUUCCUUCCACUCAGACUUGUGUGGAAAGAGGUUACAUUAAAGAAGAUUCUGAUCCUUGUCCUCGUCCAAAGCGGCGGCAGCCUUACAAUGCAAUCUUUUCUCCAAAAGGCAAGGAGCAGAAGACCUAGAUGUUGAAGCAAAAACAUGAUAGAGAACAAUUUCUUCUUUUUGGUUAUUUAUAGCUAAUGGUGAUAUUAAACACUGAUUUUUUUAAUCUUCUGUAAAAUGAUUUAUAAGUCAUUUUUCUGUUCAGCACACUUUUAAACCCCAUUUCCCCACCACACAACUAUAUGGAUAAGUUUUUUUGUGUAUUUUCAUACUUUUGCACCUUUAAACAAUAAGGUACUUUCAUUUUUUCACUCUUAAGAGUUGUUUGCUAUUACUUAAUUACAGUUUUGAAAAUAUGAUAAUUAUAGUCUGUGAUUUGUUACCUUUCAGAUCUUUUCUGUCUUCCAUUGUUAGUACAUUCAGCAGUGAUUUUGUGUUAAUCAUUACAAAUUUUCAUUCUCUUCAUCAGUUACUCUUCUGCAGGUCAUUCCAAUGUCUGAAUGUCUGACAUUUAAGUCAUUUUUUUAAAAAGGCUAAAUUUUAAUAGUCAUUUUAACUUUCCAGUGUUUUUCUUUUGUCACUUGAAAUGAAGUACUACUGUAUAGUAUGUUCCUUUUGAAGUGACCACAAAUAUCAACUCUUUUUCCUUUUGCAUAUAACAUAAAUUAACAUCAUCCUCUGAUCUGAUGCUAAUAUUUUAGUUUCUCACAUGGUUUCUUUUCAUUACACUUUUUUUUCUGGUACAAUUUUCAAGCUGAAUUUGUUGAGUUCUCUGCCCACAUGUUCAAGUUCAGUUUAUUAUUUCUCUGGAUUGACUAAUGUUCUGAACUUCCAGUUUGACAACAAAAUAGAUUUCUCUAUUUAGGAACUUGCUGCUACUCUUGGACCUAGUGUCUGAGUUAUUAAGAUGACCGAACACAUUUGUGUCACCUUUUCCUAGUGGCAUUUUGUUUCUCUUUGUCUUUUUUGUGUAUCCCUUUAAUUCAUAUCUUCUUGAUAGUUUACCGUACUUUGCCAUGUAUAUUGUGCACUUUUUUGCCCAAAUUUUUUGGAGGGAAACAAGGAUGUGCACUAUACAUAGGUAGUGCCUAAAAUACCUCGUAUCUUGUUCCUGUGUUUUGUAAUUAUUUGUUGCAUAAAAUUUCUUGUACUGUAAUAUGUUAAAAAUAAAUGCUAAAAUUCCUUUAUAAUACAAAAAACAAGUAUCUAAAUAUAAAUAAAUCAUUAAAUUAAAAGAUUAAAAUGAAAGGGUUUUUUUCCUGAAAGUUUGGGCCAGAAACAUGGGCACACAUUAUAUGUGGCAAAAUACGGAACAUAAGGAGGACUGGACAAGACACUGAAUGGAAUACCUCACUCAAAUCUAAGUAAUCUUGCAGGUAACAGUCUUCUCAGAGGUCCUAAAUACCUCUUUGCUCAGUCUUGCCCAUUGAUCAAGGUUCUCGUGUGAGUAAAUGGCAUCAGGUGUGUUCCCACAGAGAAGACAGGAAAAGAAGGUCACGUGUGUUGAGUACCUACUAUAUGUCAGAUCCCCUGUGUACAUCGUUUGGCUCUGAAUGUGAUUCUGAGUUUUUUAUCACCCUAUCAUAACUUCUAUUCAGCACUUUUCUUUCCUUCCCAAAUUGUUCAUCUGUCCUGUUUGAUUUUUUUUCUCUGCUGGCCGUUACUUAAUCUCGCCCAAAAUAAGAGAAACUAUUCAUUGGUCACAUAAUCUAUGCCAGGAACUGUAUUAUGCUCUAAUAACUGAGAGAUGAAAUUAGAGCCUAUUUUUGCCUGAUUCCAGAAUUAGAUCUUGUAUCUGCAAUUGGCAAGUGCUUCUAAAAACCAGGAAUCUGAGAAAUACUUGGAUUUGAAUAGGUUACCACCAGGUUGUGCAGCCAGAGCUCCAGUGGAUUCUACUAUUUUAAAAGCAUCCAGAGCAGACACAGCAAGAGAUUAUUUAUCUGAGAGUAGCUUGACAAGUUAGCAGUCUAGCCCUUUAUAAUUAGCAUUAUCAUUUUAUCCUCAGUCACCUUGUAUAAGGUUGUGUAAGCUGAGACCUCUCUCCCUUUUUAUCUGCUACUGACUAGCUCUACCUUUAAGUAAAGACA